AUGAGUGACAAAAUGUUAUUGAAAGUGUAUUAUUUUGGUCAGAUUUUGUUACAAACAUCUGAAAGAGUAACAUUUGUUUGUGAGAAUCCGUUAGAUUUGGUGAUUCCUUUUACAAUCUCAUUUGAAGAGCUAAAGGGUGUGAUCUGUGAAAAGAUUCAUUCUGAGAGGGCAAGAAGGAUAUCAUGUAUUCUAUACAGAAAUCCUAUACAAGUGUUUGGUGGAUUCGUCCAGUUUCAAACGAAAUAUGUAACGGACGAAGCGAGCAUGCAAGAUAUGUUUUCCAUGUAUAUGGAAAAUCGGAGACAACUAUCGUUCAUCGAGUUGUAUGUGGAGUUUGAGCAAUGUGAGGCCAACCGUAAUAUUCUACGGGAGGAUUACAAUAGCGACAGUGAAGAAGAGGUCGAAAGCAACUACGAAGUUGUUGGUCCAGAUGGAGAUGUGGUUCCAGGUGACGGAGCUAUGGCUCCGGAUGUGUCUGAUAUCGCAACUGCUCUGGCAAACGAUGUGCCGUUUGAGGAGCCAUCAUUCAUGCGAGUUUUGGAUUUGGAAGCCAUGCAUGUUCCGGAGUUUCCGGAUUAUAUCAAUGCUGAAAUUUCUGUUGUCGCAGAUGGUGAAUUUGCCGUUGGGAUGGAAUUCAGUUCGAGGGACGCUGUUAUUAAGGCGAUAAAAGAGUAUACUAUACGAAAAAGCGUAGAUUACCAGGUGUAUGAGUCUGAGCCGUUGACAUUUUAUGCGAAGUGUAUACAGUAUGGGUCAGGAUGUGAUUGGCUUAUCCGGGUUAGCAUGAUCAGCCGGAAGUACUGUUGGGUUGUAAGGAGGUAUAAUGGCAGUCACACAUGUACCAGAGCAACAAUUUCUCAGGAUCAUUCUAAGCUGGACUCAACCACGAUUGCAGAAGCAAUUAAACCGUUGGUUGAGGCUGACCCCGCCUUAAAGGUAAAAUCGGUUAUAGCAGAGGUGCAAUCGAAGUUCAACUACACUGUUAGUUAUCGGAAAGCAUGGUUGGCUAAGCAAAAGGCAGUGGAAAAAAUAUUUGGAGGCUGGGAGGCAUCGUACGAAGCGUUGCCUAUAUGA